AUGUUGCAGUUUCUCGGUUACCGCAAGAUGUAUGUGUUCUUGUUCAUCUUCUUUGUUGCCUUUCUUACGGCCACAAGAUGCGUUGCUACUAACGAUCUUGAGUUUCAUGCAACAACGGACUUCGCAUAUUUUUCGAACAUGCCGAGGUGGAACCGAACGUCUCCAAUAAAACUAAACUAUACUUUCCUACCGGACCACAUGAUUCGGAGUUUGAGUCUAGCGGAUAUUAGGCAUGUAUUUCAACGGGCGUUUGGGCGUUGGACCGCGGUGAUUCCAAUGACAUUUGUAGAGACAACUGAUGCGAAUCAUGUGGAUAUCAAGAUUGGAUUCUAUUUUGGAGAUCAUGGUGACAGAGAUCCUUUCGACGGGCCGUUGGGACAGGCAGCCCACUCUUACCCGCCAGAAUCUGGGAUACUCCAUCUCGACGGAGCUGAACUGUGGGCCGUUGAUCAAAAUACACUGAAACUGGAAGGGGCUAUUGAUUUAGAAUCCAUAGCGGUCCAUGAGAUUGGGCACGUGCUAGGGUUGAGACAUUCUACCGUCAAGAAUGCAGUUAUGUACCCAUAUAUGGCAGCUCAGGAGCGAAAAGUUGAUCUUUCAAAGGAUGACGUGGAUGUGAUACAACAAUUAUACGGAGCAAACCCUAAUUUCAAACCUGGUCCUAAUUGGGAGAGUUUGAGUUGGAGUACGUUCAAGGAGACGAGAAAAAGUCUUGGUUCGAGCAUCCUGUUGGGAGUGAUGGUUUUCUUUUCUUUUUGA